AUGGCUAAGAAGGGUAAGAAGGACAAGGAGGCCAAGAAGGCUCGUGCGGAGCAAAAGGCAAAGAAAAACCAGUCCAAGGCUGAACAAAAGGACAAGAAAAAGUCCAAGAAGUUCAAUGACGACGAGGAUGACGACGAUAUGGACAUUGAUCAAGUCCUGGCCAACUUCAAACUGCAACAGGAGCAAUUCGAACAUGUUAAUGUCGAAUCCAUUUCUAAGCCUGCACAAAGGCUAAAUUCAUGCAUGAUCACGACGCCGAAUCACAGCAAAAAGGAACUGUUGAUCUUUGGUGGAGAAUUCACCAAUCCAGAAACAUCAAUGACUCAUUUCUACAAUGAAUUGAUCACUUAUUCUCCGGAUAACGGUCAAUGGCGUAAGAUCACAUCUCAAAAUUCACCAAUGCCACGUUCGUCGGCGGCAAUGUGCGCUCAUCCAUCAGGGAUUGCUUUAUUGCAUGGUGGAGAAUUUUCCUCUCCAAAACAAAAUACUUUCUACCAUUAUUCAGAUACGUGGCUACUGGACACACAUACUAAGGAAUGGACCAAGAUGGAUUCUGCGAAGGGUCCACCAGGUAGAUCCGGUCACAGAAUAACAAUAUGGAAAAAUUAUUUUAUCCUUUCGGGAGGGUUCAAAGAUUUGGGGCAUUCCACUUCUUAUUUUAAUGAUUGUUGGUGUUUUGAUAUCACUACUUAUAAAUGGAAACAAAUUGAAUUCCCACCAAAUCAUCCAAUCCCAGAUGCAAGAUCUGGACAUUCAUGGAUCCCCACCGAGGAAGGUUGUAUCCUAUGGGGUGGAUAUUGUAAAGUGAAAGCCGGGAAAGGUUUACAGAAGGGGAAGAUUUUAAAUGAUUGUUGGUAUUUAAAAAUGAAAAGUGAUUUAUCACAAGUAAGAUGGGAAAGAAGAAAGAAACAAGGGUUUCAACCAUCCCCAAGAGUAGGUUGUUCCAUGGCAUACCAUAAGGGGAGAGGGAUCUUAUUUGGUGGAGUAUACGACUUUGAAGAAACGGAGGAAAGUUUAGAAUCUAUCUUUUAUAACGAUUUAUUCUCCUAUAAUGUGGAGAGCAAUAGAUGGUUCUCCUUAAGUCUGAGAAAAGCACAAAAAUUUAAGAAAGUGGCCAAGUCAAGUAAUAACAAGUCCUCGAAAGAGAAGGAAAAAGAAUUACAAGAUUUGUUAAACCAAAUCCUGGAAAAGAAUAAUCUAAAGGAUGACGAUGACGAUGAUGAAAUAUCCACAGGAACUGAAACGGAAACGGAAACAGCAGCAAAUUCUGAUGAUGAAGACAAUAAGGAGCAUAGUAAAUCCGCCCAAGUAACUGUAAUGAGUCAAUUACCUCACCCUAGGUUUAACGCUGCAACCACAGUUGUGGAUGACUCAUUAUUCAUUUAUGGUGGUAUAUGGGAAAUGGGUGAGAAAGAUUAUGCUAUUGAUUCCUUAUAUAGUAUUGAUUUGAAUAAACUAGACGGUGUUUCAUGUUAUUGGGAAGAUUUGCAAGAAAUUGAAAAAGCCAAGGAAAUAGGUGAACAAGAUUCCGAUGAAGACGAAGAAGAAGAGGAUGAUGAAGAAGAUGAUGAUGAAGAAGAAAUUGAAGAUAAAAAAUUGGUCGCUGAAGAAGACGAUGAAGAGGAAGAGGAAGAGGAGGAAGAAUUUGAAGAAAUGGAAAUCCCUGAUCUACGUCCUUGGUUACCCCAUCCUAAACCAUUUGAAUCCUUACGUGCAUUCUACAUUCGUGAAGGGGCUGCAUUCCUUGAAUGGGCCAUUUCAAAUAAUAAACAUGUUAGAGGUAAGCAUUUAAAGAAAAAAUCCUUUGAUUUAUGUGAAGAUCGUUGGUGGGAAAGACGUGACCAAGUUCGUAUCGAGGAAGAUAAAUUAGAAGAACUUGGUGUGGUUGGUAACGUCAUAGAAAAGGAUACUUCGGUACCAACAUCCAAAAGAAGGUAG